GAGAGGCCUCCGAGGACAAAUGCCACGACGAGAAACUCGCCAAGGUGCAGCACUACCGUGCAAAGCUGGCCGAGCUCAGGAAACUCGCCGAGGACCCGUUCCUGGAGGAAUCACUGCAGCCGCAGGUGGCACAGCUCGAGGACAAGCUCGCCGCCGAGCAGGCAUCAUUGGAGAUGGGAGUGCCGCGCUGCUUCACCGAAUGCAGAGUGGUACGAGACAGGAACAGGGUCGCGGAGCAGAAGAACAAGUGCCAGCAGAGGAUCGACGCGCUCCAGGAGCAGAGGGACGCGCUCGACGAGAAGCUUGCCGACGAGAAGAGCAAGCUGGGCAAGUUCGACAGCAAGCUCGAGACCCUGGACAAGAAGAUCAAGGCGGAGCGCUGCCUCGGCGACGACGGGGGCGAGAAGCGGGAGCAGCUUGUCGCCGCCGCCGCCCACGCCAAGGAGCAGAAGGCACAGGAAGAGGAGCGGGCCAAGCAGCACGCCGAGCGCCUCCAGCAUAAGGCCAGGGCGGAGCAGGCCCGCGCAGCCAAGGAGCGGGCUGGCAGCGCCGACAACCGCAAGCGCAGCUGCCCCGAGAGCCCCAUCAAGGAGGACCUCCUUGAAAUCCCCGCGGGCGCCAGCGAGCAGGACAUCUGCAAGGCGCUCGUCGACGUGGGGGUCACGCCCGACCAGGCUGGCAAGGUGGUUGCUCCUCUUAAGCUGCUGGUGGGCGAGCUGCAGACUGGCCACGGGCGACUCGCCGCGUACACGGUCAACGCCAACACGGUGAGGUCGCAGGAGCGAGUGAUGAAGCAGAUCAGGGACAGCAACCAGGACGCCAUCGUCCUGGGCCAGGAGCUGCAGGCCAGCGGCACGCAGCUCGAACUUCUCCAGACCCGCAUGCGCAGAGAGGGCUGGAACAUCGGUGUAGUGAGCAGCGUGAAGACCACAGCUGGUCACAGCGCUGGAGUUUUGAUAGCGACGCCACGGAGUAGGGGCAUGGACUUCGUGCGCAGGGAGACCAACCAGUGGGACAUCAGCCCGCGAGAGUCCAAGGGGAGACUCACAGUAGCCUGGGUCGACGCCUACAGCAAUGGCCUCACGCAGAGAAACCAGCGCAUCCUGGCCGAAUGGGGCGCCGCCAUGAAUGUGAUCCAGAAGGAGUGGAUCCUCGAUGGCGACUUCAACAUGGACCCAGCGCCGCUGGGGCAGUCCGAGAUCGUCCGCAAGAUGAACGGCGUCAUCGUGCGAGACACUCAGCAGGGCAGCUGCCUGAAGCAGGAUGGCACGAGGAGCACGCGUGGCUACGUCAUCGUCUCGCGCGGCUUGGCUGCACACACGCUCAAGGUAGAGGUCCAAGAAGGAUGCAACAUGUCGCCGCACUUGCCCGCCAGGAGGAGGGUCCCAGUGCACCAGCAGAGCGACUACAUGACGAACGUGCUGUGCAAGCGGACGCCAUGGCCGCUGACGCGGCCAACGGGCUGCCCCUCGCAGCCAGUGCGAUGGCUCAGGCCGCUCGCACACAAGAAGUACACUCAGAGCCAGAUCGACGGCCACUGGAGCGAGCUCGGCGAGGCCUACGAGAAGCACCUCCACAGGUACCACAGCUUCGAGGGCGACGACUGGAGCAAGCGACAGGGCCACCUCGAGAUGGCCAACUACAAGCAGAAGCCGCGCAGGCCCAUGCCCUGCACCGCGGCACAGGAGCAGCUACUCAGCCACGACAUCGUCAUGCCACUGUGCGCGGAACGGGCACCUGGGCAGACGACCGAGGCAGGCUACGACACGGACGAGGAGGACGGGCUGCUGGAGUCUGAGGACGCCCCUCGGGAGGAGGCGGAAGGGGUACAGGACCGCUUCGCGGUCAGAGCGCCUCCCACCGAGGGCCAGCAGGAGGUACUGGAAGAUGGUGCACCGAGCGGCCGCAGCGCAAUGGCGGCAGUGGGUCACCACGCAGCAGAGGGCGCGGAGGGCAAGACAGUCACCAUGGCCUCGACCACCGCGCUGCAGGACUGCCUCGCCAAGAGAGUGCACCCGCUCGGCAUCAGGAUGGUGAGGCACGCCGACCACCUCGGCGUCACCACCGCGGCCGACAGGAGGAGACGAGUUAGCGCCUUCAGCAAGAGGGCCAGCAAGUACGCAGCGCGGCGUGAUCGCAUCGCCCGCAUACGCCGAGCAGGGGGACCUGCGCAGGCGUUCAUCAGACAGGGGAAGGUGCCGUCGGCGAUGUACGGGGUGCAUGUCGUGGGCAUGCCCAACUCCACCCUUGCGUCCCUGCGACAGAGCGUGGCGACCUCAUUCAGGAGUUACACCAUGGGGAGAUCGUCGCCGCUCACGCUGCUCGCGCAGGGCGCCGACCCCGCCAUCCGCGCCAACACGGAGCCACUGGUCAGCUGGGCCAUGGCGUGGCAGGAGGAAGCCAACCAGGACGGCCUCCAGGCGCAGCUCCAGAGUGAGUGGGAGAAGUGGGUAAUACGUGUGGGGCAAGCCAGAGCCCCAUGGCAGAAGGUGCGAGGGCCCGCAGGGGCCGUCAUCGCCACGGUGCAGAGGCUGGGCUGGAAGACGCUCGCGGCCCACAGCAUCACCAUCGGCGACGAGCACUUAGACCUCAGGACGCUGCCGCUCAGACACCUGAGGCAGCGCAUCAGCACGGCCACAGAGAACGGCCUCAUGAGCGACUGGCUGCGCACACACGGCGAGAAGCACGGCCUGGACAGCCUCUUCGUGGAGCCCGUCGCCGCGUUGCUCAAGAGGCCGCUGAACAAGAAGUGGACUCUGGAGCACCAGACACGGGUGCGCAACCUGUGGUGCGGCGGCACCUGGCCGCAGCGGCGGCUCUUCGACAAGGGUGUCGCAGAGGACAGCAUAUGCAAGGCCUGCCACGAGCACGAAGGGACGGACCGCCACAGGACGUUCGUGAGCUCAGCCAGGCAGGAUCACCGACGACGAGUGGGAGGGCACCACAUAUGCCAGCGUGGUGCCAUGACGUGGCCUGGAGCGACGGAGAAGCAGCGCGCGACCUCCGAGGCGCUCUGGGGCAGAGGGCUCGCAGCGGACCCAGCGCUGGAGUAUGACCUCGGGAGCCUGCCCUCCUCAUCCACAUGCGAGGUGGAGGGCACCUUCGACGGCCUCGGGCACGGGGACAUCUACACAGACGGCUGGGCCGUCGUGAAGCUCGACAGCGAGCGCAUGAUGGAGUUUGCGUUGUUCGGGCCACUGGAGGGAUCGCAGCACGACCAGUCGAUCUACAAGGACGAGCUGGCAGCGGUCCUCCAGGCCCUGAGGAGGGCGGUGCCUCCAGUGCGGGUCUACAGCGACCGCCAGUCGGUGAUCGACGGCGUCGCCAGAGGCCCCGAGCUGGCCGCCAGAGCUGACACGACCCACAAAGAG